CUCUCUCUCUCUCUCUCUCUCAAGGAUGGCCAAGGUUGGACCCUGCCUCCAUCUUGCAACUCCCAUGGCGAAGAACCACAAGCUCCACAUGCCUCCAAGAACCGCUCCACUUCAAGCUAAGCACUCGGCCCUCUCCUUCCGGUGCGCCGUGACGUCUCAGACGGCGAGCAAUACCACCACAGCCACCGUGUUGCAAGCCAACAAGGAGGCCUUUGGCUUCGAGCAGUACAUGGCAUCCAAGGCCGCGGCCGUGAACGAGGCCCUGGACCGCGCGGUGCCGCUCCGCCACCCGGCCGAGCGGCUCCACGAGUCCAUGCGCUACUCCCUCCUCGCCGGCGGCAAGCGCGUGCGCCCCGUGCUCGCGCUAGCCGCGUGCGAGCUGGUGGGCGGAGACGAGGCCGCGGCGGCGCCUGUGGCCUGCGCCGUUGAGAUGGUCCACGCCAUGUCGCUCAUCCACGACGAUCUGCCCUGCAUGGACGACGACGACCUCCGCCGCGGCCGCCCCACCAACCACGUCGCGUUCGGGGUCAGCACCGCGCUGCUCGCCGGGGACGCGCUCCUUGCCCUCGCGUUCGAGCACGUGGCCCGCGGCUGCGCGGACCAUGGCGUCCCUGCCGAACGCGCUCUGCGGGCCGUGGCUGAGCUCGGCAACGCCGUGGGCGCCGAGGGUCUUGCAUGCGGGCAGGUAGUGGACAUGGCCAGCGAGGGCGCGGCCGUGGGGCUGGCCACCCUGGAGUACAUCCAUGUGCACAAGACGGCGCGGCUCCUGGAGGCCGCGACCGUGUGCGGCGCCAUCGUCGGCGGAGGAACCUACGAGGAGGUCGAGGGCAUCCGCAGGUUCGCGCGGUACAUCGGGCUGCUGUUCCAGGUAGUGGACGACGUUCUCGACGUGACGCGCACGUCCGAACAGCUCGGGAAGACGGCCGGGAAGGAUCUGGCGUCUGACAAGGCCACGUAUCCUAAGCUCAUGGGCGUCGACGGGGCGCGCGCGUACGCCGCCGAGCUCGUGGCGAGCGCGGAGGCGGAGCUCGACCGGUUCGACCGCGACCGCGCCGCGCCACUUCGCCACCUAUCACGGUUCAUCGCGUACCGGCAGAACUGA